AAUACUGGUAUAAUACUGUCAUGGCGGGGAAGAGCUGUAGCAGGGGGUAAAUCAGGAAGAGAAAGCGCUGUAUGUAAGUGGGUUAACACUGAAAUUUGAACAAGUCUAGCAGUUUUUAGGGAAGGACCGAGUGGAUAACUGCUGUCCCUUCUCGAGCACCACUGUCGCUGUUGCGGUACUUGAGCCACGUUUAGGAGUUCUUGCUCAUGACAGCACUCUACCUGUCAAGCCUGCUGUGACAAUAGCAAGUUCUACUGCUGUAGCCUGGCUGGACUAGUGAAGAAAUGAAAGUCGCAGGUGCCUCUCAUAUUUUGACAGAGGGGAGGAAGAGCAAGGUCUCUGCGACUUGCCUUUAGAACCAAAUAUUUUUAAACCGGUCCAUUUUAGUGAACGGUUUUUGAUGCAUUAUUUCAUUCGCCUCCUUAUCGAGUUUCCGACCGGGGGAGAGGAGUUCUACAUGGAAACGCAGUGACAACUCCAAUGUCGCGGUGUCAUCGGCUAGAAAUCCAAGUCUCGUGCGCCUGUGCCUUUAGCGGACUACAAAACAUACUUUGUUGACUCGAAGGCUUAUUUUGGGAACUGUUUUGAAUGGGGAGGGAAAUAUUUUCGUUGUUUACCUCCAGACUGUCGACAUAGCUGGAAAGAGGAUACCAUUGUUUUUUUUCUUUCACCGACUUUACUGUAUCCCAUUACCGCCUUUGGGGGGUGAACAGGUUCCUUACCUGUUACCGCCACCUGUCCUCCUGUAGCAAUGGCUAGCGAGGAGACGCCUGGUGCUGGGCGACCAGACGGGCAAGGUGAUGGAGCUGCGGUGGUGUCGCUCAACCCUGGGAUCCCAAUCCGGGGAAUCAAAAUGAAAUUCGCUGUCCUCGCCGGUCUGGUGGAAGUUGGGGAAGUUUCCAACCGGGACAUUGUGGAGACCGUCUUCAACCUGUUGGUGGGGGGCCAGUUUGACCUGGAGAUGAACUUCAUUAUCCAGGAGAAGGACAGCAUUGUGUGCAUGGUGGAGCUGCUGGACAAGUGUGAGCCCACUUGCCAGGCGGAGGUGUGGAGUAUCUUCACGGCUAUCCUGAAGAAGAGCUUGAGGAACCUGCAGGCCUGCACCGACACGGCCCUCAUCAACCUGGUCCUGGACCGCGUGGCCCACACUGACAGCAUGAUCGCAGACCUGAUGGUGGACAUGCUAGGGGUGCUGGCCAGCUACAGCAUCACAGUCAAGGAGCUGAAGUUGUUCUUCAGCAAACUGCAAGGAGAGAACGGCCAAUGGCCUCCCCAUGCGGUGAAGCUGCUGUCUGUCCUGAGGAGCAUGACCCACCGGAACGGACCUGACUCCUUCUUCAGCUUCCCAGGGAAGAGUGCUGCUGCUAUAGCUCUGCCCCCUAUAGCCAAAUGGCCGUACCAGAGUGGAUUCACCUUCCACACGUGGCUCCGCAUGGAUCCAAUCAACAACAUCAAUGUUGACAAGGACAAGCCUUACCUGUACUGUUUUCGCACCAACAGAGGUCUGGGAUACUCUGCACACUUUGUGGCCGGCUGUUUGAUUGUAACCUCGUUAAAGUCCAAGAGGACUUUCCAGCACUGUGUGAAAUAUGACUUCAAACCACAGAAGUGGUACAUGGUGACCAUCGUUCACGUCUACAACCGCUGGAAGAACAGUGAGAUCAGCUGCUACGUCAAUGGAGAGCUCGCCUCCUACGGAGAAAUCACCUGGUUCGUCAACACCAGCGACAUUUUCGACAAGUGUUUCCUGGGUUCGUCAGAGACGGCGGACGCCAAACGUGUGUUCUGUGGUCAGAUGGGGGCGGUGUAUCUGUUUGGCGAGGCCCUCAGUGCAGCCCAGAUCCUGGCCAUCUACCAGCUGGGGCCUGGUUACAAGGGCACGUUCAAGUACAAGGCUGAGAGUGACCUCCUGUUUGCUGAGCACCACAAGACCCUACUGUACGACGGCAAGCUGUCCUCUGGCAUCUCCUUCUCCUACAACCCCCGCGCCACCGACGCUCAGCUGUGCCUGGAGUCCUCCCCCAAGGACAACGCCUCCAUCUUCAUCCACUCGCCACAUGCACUCAUGCUGCAGGAUGUGAAGGCUGUGGUGACCCACUCGGUCCAGAGUGCCAUCCACUCCAUCGGGGGAGUGCAGGUCCUCUUCCCCCUGUUUGCACAGCUGGAUUACCUCCAGCACACCAGCGAUGAAUUGGACACCUCUGUCUGUUGCACUUUGCUGUCCUUUGUGAUGGAGAUGCUGAAGAACUCUGUGGCUAUGCAAGAGCAGGUCCUGGCCUGCAAGGGCUUCCUGGUCAUCGGUUACACCCUGGAGAAGUCUUCCAAGGUGCAUGUUACUCGGUCCGUGCUGGACAUCGUGCUGGCUUUCGCCCGUUACCUCAGCAACCUGCAGAACGGCGUCCUGCUGCUCAAGCAGCUGUGUGACCACAUCCUGUUCAACCCUGCCAUCUGGAUCCAUGCCCCUGCCAAGGUGCAGUUGGUGUUGUACACCUACCUGUCCACUGAGUUCAUCAGCACGGUGACCAUCUACAACGCCAUCCGCAGGGUGGGCACGGUCCUGCAGGUCAUGCACACGCUCAAGUACUACUACUGGGUCGUCAACCCCCAGGACCGCAGCGGAGUCACGCCCAAGGGCCUCGACGGCCCGAGACCCAAUCAGAAGGAGAUCCACUCUCUCAGAGCCUUUCUGCUGCUGUUUGUGAAACAACUCAUAAUGAAGGAUUACGGAGUGAAGGAAGAUGAGCUUCAGAGUAUUCUCAACUACCUGCUCACCAUGCAUGAGGACGACAAUCUAAUGGAUGUGCUUCAGCUGCUGGUGGCUCUGAUGUCGGAGCAUCACGGCUCCAUGGUGCAGGCCUUCGAUCAGCGCAACGGAGUACGGGCCAUUUACAAGCUGCUGGCUUCCAACAGUGAAGGAAUCAGAGUUCAGGCACUCAAAGUCUUGGGCUACUUCCUCAAACACUUGCCCGCUAAGAGGAAGUCAGAGGUCAUGCUGGGUCACGGGCUCUUCUCCCUGCUCAACGAGCGACUGCUGCUCCACUCCAACCAGUUCAGCAUGACAACCUACAACGUGCUCUUCGAGAUCCUGACCGAGCAGAUCUGCACUCAAGUGAUCCAUAAACAGCAUCCGGACCCCGACUCCAAUGUGAAGAUUGUCAACCCGCAGGUCCUGAAGGUGAUCGCUGCCCUGCUGAAGAACUCUCCCCUCUCCCCAGAGAGCAUGGAGGUGCGCAGGGUCUUCCUGUCAGACAUGAUCAAACUGUUCAAUAACAGCAAAGAUAACCGGAGGAGCCUGCUGCAGUGCUCGGUGUGGCAGGAUUGGAUGCUCUCUCUGUGCUUCAUCAACCCCAAGAGCAGCGAGGCAAAGGUCACUGAGAUGGUGUACGCCAUCUUCCGCAUCCUGCUCUACCACGCCAUCAAGUACGAGUGGGGCGGCUGGCGCGUGUGGGUGGACACCCUGUCCAUCACCCACUCCAAGGUGACCUUUGAGCAGCACAAGGAGAACCUGGCCCGUAUGUUCCGUCAGUACCAGAGACUGGGCUCCGAGGGCGAUGCAGCUGGUAUCCGGACCAUUUCCGGGGCCAGCCGAGACUCUGAGAUUCUGGGCCAGCUCCGGACCAACAGGGAUCAGGGGGAGGAGACUGCCCCCUCCACCGUGAUCGAGCUCACCAUUGACCCAGAGGGGGUGUCCCAGAACCAGGAGUCCCCCAACACUACCCCUCCCUCAGCAACCUCAGCAUCUGCUUCCACCCCCAGCCCUCCAGAGAGAGAAGGAGAUAGAAGUCAGAGGGAACCGGAACUGGCAAAGCAACCGGAGGAACAGGUCUCUGCUGCCAUCUCGGCCUGCCAGCAGGGGUCAGCGGUCGGGGCAUCUGUCCAGUCAGUCACAUGGAGGAAUCUCUUUGUCUCCGCCGCUGGUGGAGAGGACCAAGAAAAGGAGGAAGAGGAGGUGAAGACAGAGGAGGUUGUUGUUGAGGAGGAGAAGAUGGAAGAGGUUAAAGCAGAGGAGAUCAAGACAGAGGUUAAAACUGAAAAGGAGAAGGAAGAGGAGAGUGUUGCCGAGGUCAAAAAGUCAGCAGUGGAAAGUCAAGUGACACCACCUGCUUCUGUACCUGAGGAGAGUCGGACACAACCCCCUAAAAUGGAGGAGAUUGACCUUGACCCGUCUGCACCAGGCACCGACCCCACCAGCACAGAGCCAGCACGGCAGCCUUUAGAGUCCACAACAUCGCCCCCUACAGCCCUUGAGGCCAUACUACCACCAGCAGCAGUCGGGGCCACUGUCUCUAAAUCUGACACCUCACAGGCUGUAGCACCAGCAGAGGCCCCCAGCACCAAGGCGGUCCAGCCAGAAGCCCCACAGGCCUCAGGGGCCACAGAGGCCCCCAGCAGCAGGACUGAAACCUCUCCGAAAGUAGCCACUGCUACUGCUGUGGAGGCAGGGAAAGACAGUGCUGCAGAGGGCCCUGGCUCUGCCACUAAGACCAAAGAGAUCCACAUUGCCAGGCUGGAUGUGUCCAGUGUGGCCUCAGACACAGAGAGACUGGCGCUAAAGGAGACCUCCACACCUGAAGUUCCUCAGGGCGACGCGGCUGCAGCCGGUGCCUCAGGAGGCCAGGCCAGCGAGAGCAGCUCCUCCGCUCGCUCCACCAUGUUCCGUAUUCCAGAGUUCCGUUGGUCUCACAUGCACCAGCGCCUGCUCACAGACCUGCUCUUCUCCAUCGAGACUGACGUGCAGAUGUGGAGGAGUCACUCCACUAAGACGGUGAUGGACUUUGUGAACAGCAGUGAGAAUGUGGUGUUUGUCCACAACACAGUGCACCUCAUCUCUCAGGUGGUGGACAACCUCAUCAUGUCCUGUGGAGGCAUCCUGCCCCUGCUUUCUGCUGCCACAUCCUCCUCACAUGAUCUGGAGAACAUUGAGCCGUCCCAGGGUCUGUCGGUGGAGGCCUCGGUCACCUUCCUGCAGCGCCUCAUCAACCUGGUGGAUGUUCUGAUCUUCGCCUCCUCCCUCAACUUCACCGAGAUCGAGGCUGAGAAGAACAUGUCCUCUGGCGGUAUCCUCAGACAGAGCCUCCGUCUGGUGUGUGCCAUGGCUGUGAGGGACUGUCUGGAAUGUCAGCAGCAGUCUCACUUCAAGCCCAGCCAGGACAGAGCCCGCGGCCAGCAAGCAGUGCACAGCCUCAUGGGAGCUGCCAAGUCCAUGCCCGCGCAGAGCCCUGUUGAUGUUGUGACAGGAAGGAUGUCUCCCAUCAGAGACAUGGACCGUCUGCUACAGGAAAUGGACAUCAACCGCCUCAGAGCCGUGGUCUUCAGAGAUAUCGAGGACAGUAAGCAGGCUCAGUUCUUGGCCCUGGCUGUGGUUUACUUCAUCUCUGUUCUCAUGGUGUCCAAGUACCGAGACAUCCUGGAGCCCCAAAACGACAAGAAACUCCCCCAGCGCAGCCAGUCUGCCAGGAGCGCAGACAGUAAUGCUGUCUCUGGCGGUCCCGACCUGGAGAGCAGUGUGUCCUCCGUCGCCGAGACUCUGGCAUCGGGGAUGACCAUAGCCCGUGGCCCCCAGCGAGGCGGACACCACCGCCCAGGGGCCCGACGCCGUGUCCGAGGCCCUGUCCACCCUCUCCUCAGAGGUCAGGGGUCACAGAGACAACCCCACGCGGACGCCAGGGGCGGGAAGAACGUGAAGGACAUCCUGCGCAGCCUGGUCUCGGCGCCUGCUGAUGACAUCAUGGACUCUGGGCACUCCUCAUAUCUGGUGGGAUUAGAGCGGCUCCCGGGGCCGUUAGCGUUGGAGAGGAGGAGAGCUGGAGAGCAUAGAGUAACAGCUCUACCUCGCCACAGGGAGCCCCAAAGUGUUCGGGUGGCGCCCAAGAAGGUGGGCGGGGCCCGUCCCCAGGCUCCUCCACUCCUGUCCCAUCAGCCACCGCUGUGGGGCCGCGGGACACCAGUCAACAACGUUGCCGUGGUUUCCACGGGCGAUGCCUCCCAGAGCACCACCGCUGAGGGCUGCAGCCGGAUCAGCCAGCACCAACCUGCCAUCUGUCCCCACGCUGUCCCCAAUGACCCGGACACAGCCCCCAGUAUGAGUAUCUCAGAGAGACUGGAGCAUGCUCUGGAUAGCUGCCCCCUACUGAGAGAGAUCUUUGUGGACUUUGCCCCCUUCCUCUCUCGCACCCUGCUGGGUAGUCACGGACAGGAGCUCCUCAUCGAGGGCACCAGUCUGGUGUGUAUGAAGUCCAGCAGUUCGGUGGUAGAGCUAGUCAUGCUGCUCUGUUCUCAGGUCCCACGUUUUCUGACACGUCCCACGAACGAAGAAUGCAGGCUUGGCCUUCACACUGGUCCGACCCUCUCCGACCAUCACCACUUCAUUCAUGUCCCAUUCUGGCCAAUCCGUAGCGCGGCCCCUGGCCCUCGAGGCUCCAGGCCCUCACGGCUACUAAGCCACACCAUGAAGGACCACCUGGUGCGGGUGGCCAAUGAGGCUGAGUUCAUCCUGAGCCGUCAGAGAGCCGAGGACAUCCACAAACACGCUGAGUUUGAGUCCCACUGUGCCCAGUACUCGGCUGAGAAGCGUGAUGAGGAGAAGAUGUGCGACCACCUGAUCCGAGCAGCCAAGUACCGCGACCACGUGACAGCCACCCAGCUCAUCCAGAAGAUCAUCAACAUCCUGACGGACAAACACGGUGCCUGGGGAAGCUCUGCCUUCAGCCGUCCUCGGGAGUUCUGGCGCCUCGACUAUUGGGAGGACGACUUGAGGCGGCGCCGACGCUUCGUCAGGAACCCCUUCGGAUCCACUCACUCAAAGGCCACGCUCAAAGCUGCAGCCGAACACGCUCCGGAGGAAGAUAUCCUCAAAGGCAAACAGUCAAUCAGAAGUCACGCGAUGGGAAAUCAGAACUCUGAGAGUGAGAUAUUGUUGGAUGGCGACGAUGACACUCUAUCAUCCUUGGAGGAGAAGGAAUUGGAGAACCUAACAGGCCCUGUAAACAUGAGCACUAGCGCUCAGCUGGUCGCCCCGGCGGUGGUGGUGAAAGGAACGCUGUCCAUCACUGCAUCUGAACUCUACUUCGAGGUGGAUGAAGAUGAGGCCAGCUUUAAGACGAUCGAUCCAAAGAUCCUAACCUACACAGAGGGCCUUCAUGGUAAAUGGCUGUUCACAGAGAUCAGGGCUGUCUUCUCCAGACGUUACUUGCUACAGAACACUGCUCUGGAGAUUUUCAUGGCCAACAGAACUGCGGUCAUGUUCAACUUCCCAGAUGCAGGCACGGUCAAGAAGGUGGUCCAAUGCCUCCCUCGCGUGGGGGUGGGCACCAACUUUGGCCUCCCACAGACCAGGCGUAUCUCCCAGGCCAGUCCCAAGCAGCUCUACAAGGCCUCCAAUAUGACCCAGCGCUGGCAGCGCAGAGAGAUCUCCAACUUUGAGUACCUGAUCUUCCUCAACACCAUCUCUGGUCGUACGUACAAUGACCUGAAUCAGUACCCCGUCUUCCCCUGGGUCAUCACGAACUACGACACUGAAGACCUGGACCUCACUCUGCCCAGCAACUACAGAGACCUGUCCAAGCCCAUUGGUGCCCUGAACCCCAAGAGGGCGGCGUUCUUCAACGACCGCUAUGAAUCCUGGGAGGACGACCAGGUGCCCAAGUUCCACUACGGAACCCACUACUCCACCUCCUCCUUCACCCAGAUGUGGCUGCUGCGCAUCGAACCCUUCACCACCAUGUUCCUCAACUUCCAGGGAGGGAAGUUUGACCAUGCUGACCGCACCUUCUCCUCCGUGUCCCGAGCCUGGAGGAACUGCCAGAGAGACACGUCCGAUGUCAAGGAGUUGACCCCAGAGUUCUACUACCUCCCUGAGAUGUUUGUAAACGCCAACAACUACAGCCUGGGGGUGAUGGAGGAUGGGACUGUGGUGUCUGACGUGGAGCUGCCGCCCUGGGCCAAGACCCCCGAGGAGUUUGUACGCAUCAACAGACUGGCUCUGGAGAGUGAGUUUGUGUCGUGCCAGCUGCACCAGUGGAUCGACCUGAUCUUUGGCUACAAGCAGCAGGGUCCUGAGGCCACCAGGUCUCUCAACGUCUUCUACUACCUGACCUAUGAAGGGACCAUCAACCUCAGCUCCAUCACCGACCCCAUGCUCAGAGAGGCUGUGGAGGCACAGAUCAGGAGUUUUGGACAGACCCCAUGUCAGCUGCUCAUCGAGCCACACCCACCAAGGAGCUCCGCCAUGCAGGUGUAUGUCCUCCUGCAGAGCCCGUUGAUGUUCACGGAGCAGAUGCAGCAGGAUGUCAUCAUGGUGCUGAAGUUCCCCAGCAACUCUCCCGUGGCCCACGUGGCCGCCAACACCCAGCCGGGCCUCGCCACGCCCGCCAUCAUCACCGUCACCGCCAACCGCCUCUUCGCCGUCAACAAGUGGCACGGCCUGGCCGGUCAUCAAGGCUCCUCUGUGCAGGACCAGCAGUACCAACUGCCCGUGGAAAUAGACCCCCUGAUAGCCAGUAAUGUGGGGACCCACCGUCGUCAGAUCACAGACCUGUUGGACCAGAGCAUUCACAUCCACUCUCAAUGUUUCAUCAUCACUGCAGACAACCGCUUCAUCCUGCUCUGUGGCUUCUGGGACAAGAGCUUCCGCGUCUAUUCCACUGACUCAGGGAAGCUGACCCAGAUAGUGUUUGGUCACCGUGACGUGGUGACGUGUCUGGCCAGGUCUGAGUCGUACAUCGGAGGGGACUGCUACGUCCUGUCAGGCUCCAGAGACGCCACGUUACUGCUCUGGUACUGGAAUGGAAAACACAGCAGCAUCGGAGAGAACCCCGGAACUGAGUUUGUGACGCCCAGAGCCAUUCUGACGGGUCAUGACUGUGAGGUGACCUGCGCCAGUGUGUGUGCCGAGCUGGGACUGGUCAUCAGUGGCUGCAGAGAGGGCCCGUGUCUGAUCCAUUCCAUGAAUGGGGACCUGCUGCGGACCCUGGAGGGCCCGGGGGGUUGCGUGCAGCCCCGUCUCAUCCAGUCCUCUACAGAGGGCCACGCCGUAGUCUACUACGACAAGGGACACUUCUGCUUCUUCUCCAUCAACGGAAAGCUGCUGGGACACAUGGAGGUGGAGGAGAACAUCAGGGCCAUGCUGCUGAGUCGGGACGGACAGUACCUGCUGACGGGGGGAGACGGGGGAGUUCUGUCUGUCUGGCAGGUUCACAACCUCAAACAGAUGUUCACCUACCCUGGCUGUGACGCAGGCAUCCGCUCCAUGGCCAUGUCCAACGACCAAAGGUGCAUCAUAACCGGCAUGGCGUCUGGUAGUAUAGUCCUGUUCUACAACGACUUCAACAGGUGGCACCACGAGUACCAGACCAGAUACUGAGGCAGGACCACGUAACAACAAUCCCUGAGAAUCUGGUUAACGUGGGACCUACCUACUGCAAUCCUGUCGUUCGAUGUACUAAGGCACUACUCAAUACAUAUUGAUAUCCUGAAUGUAUCUUAAGAGAAGAAAAACUGUCAUUCUGUCGAAAGAAGCAAACUAUUUUUUUAAAAAGGGCAUUGCUAUAUUUUGUAGGCAUAUCGAAAAUUUCAUAUAUCUUAGGGUGGGGUUAUAUACCUAUGGUUUUCAAAUCUAUUUUUAGCUUGUUAAGAGUCUAUUUUCAUCUCAAGCAGAGGAAAAUAAGGGUUCAAAGUGGAAGUUGGUAGAAAAGUAUAUUUGCAUCUAUUGUCUUAAGAAUCCAUAUAUGUGUGUACUUAGGGGUGAGUGAUUAUUUUCAAUAGGUGUGAAACGUGGAGAUAUAAUCAUUUUUUCGGUCAUUAAUAUCCUUUUUUUCAUGCUCUUUUUGCUACUGUGUGGAAAUACAGGGAAAUAAAAUAUAAGUUUGUGUGGCGAUCGAGCAGGAAGUCCUUUAUGUGUUCAUGACUUGAGAGGGAAUAUAUUCUAUUUAAAUGUUUGUACCACACCUCUGUGUAAAUGGACAGAUCUUGCCUUCCUGUGCAUGAGUUAUUCCUCUGCUGUCCUGAUCGUGGCGCACACUGCACAAAGACUUGUCACCAGUUGUCAUAUGUGUAUCAGACAGUCAUCAUAGUAACAAGAUGACUGCCGGUGUGAUUAGUUUGUAUCCGAGUGUUGUCAUGACGAUCAUUAGCUUUAUGUAUGUACUGUAACCAUACUGAUGAAUAAUAUGUCUGUCAGUAGAAACAAAUGUCAUGGGCUACGUCCUAAUUUUGUAAAAUGGCGUACUUUCCUCAUCACCUAUCAGAACUUUACAUGAAGACGGGACGAGGAAAGGAAUCCAUUCCAAAUGGCCGACGUAGCAAUGAUGUGCUUCUUUGUAUAACUUAGCUUUUCCUCCUCUACUGAGGCAUUUGCAGUACUUAAGCAUAUACUGUAUCAUAUUAGCGAUCGACACAGUGCCCAAACCAUGCUAGGAUCAAAGUAUCUCAUCUUGGCAAAGAGAGGUGCAGCGAAAUGAGGGACUUGUCAGUCUGUCUGUGUGUCACGGUGAAUAUUCACUGGUUAAACCAGACCACAGACAGCCCCGGUCCUGGACAGCCAAAGGGUGUGCACUUUUUGGUUCAAGCCCAGCUUUAAAAUACCCGAUUCUACCUAAUUAUGGGCCUUCAGGUCAAAACUGAAUUGAAUCAGGUGUUUUGGUGCAGGGUUGGAACACCCGAUGUGGUUCCUCCAAUACAACGGUUGCUCAUAGGGAGAAACAUUCCGUGUUGGUUUGAUCUACGCUUGGUGUGGUUACCAUUACAAUGAAAUGGCUACUACUGUAUUUUCUAUGUAUCGCUCAAUAUUUUGGGAAUCAAUUUGGAAUGAGUGUUUUUGACGCGUGAUGAGUUCUGACAAAUAAAAUUGAAUUUUUUAACUUGA